AUUUUUCUCACAUUUGGGUUGCACUGCGCGUGCUGAGCAACACCGCUCGUUCCUACAAUGACAGACUGUGAAAAAAAGUUCAACCACUAUGCACUCCUCAUCGGCAUUGACGCUUAUAAAGAGAAACCCCUCAAGGGCUGUGUGCAAGAUGUUCGUGCGAUCAAGGACCUCAUUGAUCGCACGCCCAACGCCAGUACGAUCUGGAAGUGUUUGAUGACGGCGCCCUUGCCCACAGCAUGUGCUAGCUCAACCAACAGUCUGGAACUCCUGCCCACGUAUGACAAUGUGAAGCGAGAGCUUGAUCGAAUAUAUUCGCGUGGAGAGAGGGGCAAUUCGGUCUACAUUCACUACUCCGGACAUGGCACUGCGAUGAGCCCACCUUUUCCUUCCGAGCCGCACCGCAUCCAUUCGAAUCUAUCCACUGGAGAUCUGGCCCUUAAUUUACUUGAGGACUGUCAGGGCGGCAUUCGCUAUCUGCGUGGUAUUGAACUCGGCAACGUCAUCGCUAGGAUGGCUGCAAAAGGCCUUCGAGUAACACUUGUGCUGGACUGUUGCUUUUCUGGAAGUGUUAUGCGGCAUUCAUCAUUGGCUCGGUUCUUGGAUUACAGUCAUAAUGUCGAUGCGAAAUAUCCGGCGGUAUUGGCAGAAACGACAGAUCCAGAGCGCCGGUAUGGCAGUAGAGCCGUACGACAAUGUCCACUUGUCAAACCAGAGAACUUCACAGUUCUUGCAGCGUGCGGGCCGACGGAGCUUGCAGGCGAGUUGGAAGUGGAUAACAAAAACUACGGAGUGUUAUCGUACUUAUUAAUCGAAACUUUCCGCAAGCUGGGCGGCUUUGGAGGAGGACACCGGAUUAUCUAUCAGUAUCUUUGCGCGUUGUUCCAGGCCAACCGAGCUAAGUUCACCUUCAGUCAAUACCCCAUGUUUUAUGGGAACCGAAAUUCAUUCUUCCUGGGACAAGUCAGCCUUCUUAUUGGUGCCUCUCCAAUUUUGGUCUCUGGUAGCAUCAAGAAUGGAUUUGUGCUAAACGCCGGUAAGGCUCAUGGUAUUUGUGAAGGCGAUAGCUUUCUCGUGCACUCGACCCCAGGACGUGCCAAAUCUGAGAGCACAAAUUAUUCCAUCGCUUCAUUUAGAGCCACUGCGGUCCGUAUCGAGGCGUUGAUAUCUCAUCUUGAGCUCCAUUCACAACCCGCCUCCGGAGCAGCAGAAUUGUUCGCAACUACGUUGACGCGCAACAUGCUGAAAGAAUACCGGAUCCAGAUCCAGGGCGAGAUCCUACCUCUCAAAGGAAGGGAAGACGUGUUGAGCAGGUUUCCAACCCUUGAUAUUUCUCACGACAGCCACGAGAACGAGGUUAAGCUACCCUCUUUCACAAUUCAGAAGCUGGGAGAUACCUCUCUUGAGAUACAGAAUCUCUAUACACAGAGAACUCAAUCCUUACAGUUUGACCUACCAAACAUGAGCUUUAGACUCGCAGAGCUGCUAGAUCACUUGGCCAGAUUCGAGAUGAUGAGGCGUCUCGUCAAUUUGGAGUCGGUAUAUCUCUCAGAGCAUUUUGGAGAGACAUUCGACAUCCAGUUCACUCGUCCCGACAAUGUGAAGGUCAGACCAGGAUGUCUAAAGACAGGCGACUUUCAGACCGUUUGCACGCAUGCAGAAUGCCUCAUAACUGUGAAUGAGGGUGAUUCAGUAUAUCUAGAAGUCAGAAACAAAGAGAACGAUAUCCAGAACUGUCUCUGUCUUCAUGUCUAUGCCAUGACAUCCACUGGUAAGAUCCAAAACAUCUUUGGAAAUGACUAUGAAGUCGUUCCACCCCCAGGUGCAAACAAUACCAGUCACUUCGGUCUCGGGGGCAGUGGUCUUUGGAAAAAGCGGUUGGGUUUUCAGAUACCACAAGGGUUGGAAGUUUGUGAUGAUAUCAUCAAGAUCUUCAUAACCACACGGCCAACCUCUUUUUGGUCUUUGGAGCUUCCUAAAAUUGGUGCUGUUAUGGAGAGAGGUAGUGAUAAAAGCGGCAAGACUAGGAACAGCUAUGGACUCCCUGUUGACUGGAUCGCAACAAGCCUGCGCGUCCGAACACAAGCGGAGACAAUUUGAGAAAGCACACCGAUGCCUUGCAUAUUUAUGUACUGA